GCCAAACAUGGAUUUGGAGGACCAGUGGUUGGCUUUGUUGAUUUACUUUCAUGAUUAAGUUUUGUUUUCUGCUGCUUAACCUGUAGAUCUGCUUAAGAGACCAGACAAGUGAGAAAAGCACGAGGCUCAAGAUGGUCUGGCUUAACGAAGAUGACCAUGUUUACUACGUAAUAGUCUUGGCUGUCUCCGAGCGUGUGUGUGGGAAGCUGCUCACCAGGUUUCACCUCCUCACUAUGAUCCGCCCCCCCACCUCCUCGAUCGGACUUCUCCUCCUCCUGAUUGGCUAUGCUGCAGCAGGUCCUGAGCCUGAACUGCGGCCUCGAGCGGUGCGUUCAAGUGCCUGUCAGGAGCACACCAACCUUCACAGCCGCCUGGAUGUAGUGGAGAAGAAGGUGGAGGAGACCGUGGAGAAGCUGGAGGUCGGGCUUGCUUCUCUCCUGGAUGCCAUUGAAGCCCCAAAGUGGCGCCCCCUGUUGGACAAUACAGGAAAGACAGCUGUGGACAUCCUGGAGGAGCCGGGGCAGAGGGGCGAGUCCUAAACUAACCAGAUGUCCAUGGAGGAGGGGCUGACGAAGACUCUUGAACUUGGACUUUUAAGGAUUAAAUCUGUUGCUAUGACUUUUUUUUAUUUUUUAUUUUCUAGAUGCAUGUAUCUGUAUCUGUGUAUCAAGAAGAAGUUUAUAUCUGAGACGAGGAGGCAGCUCUUUGCACAAAGCCAAGCCUGUCUGCAUUAUUUAUUCAUACUAAUCCUGCGACAGCCUCUUCUCUUCUCCAGCCUUAGAUUCAGUCCCAGAUUCUAACCCCCUGCAGUCAAUAGUGGCACAGCUCAUGUUUACAGUGCCAUUCAAAGAGAUUAAUUCACUUUGGACAUCUCUGCCCAGUCAAUUCCCACUCUCUCUCUCGCCGUCGCCCCCUACUGUCCCCUCACAAACUGUGCCUUUGACGCCGCGUCUCAGUGGAAAUGACAAAGACACGGAUGUAAAAUUACUGGAAGGAGUUUUAUUUCUUUAUCAAAGCAGUUAAAGCAGCAUGUUUUAAACACACAGAGCAGUUUCAGUUGGUACAGUAACAAGGCUUUCACCGACUCUCUGUAAAAAUCCUGCAGCACAAGAACAUUAUGCAAAAUAGGUUCACAAGGAGGAAAAGAGUGGCGUAAAUCACAUCUUCUUCUUGUUUUGUAUUUCUCAACAGGGCACUGAGUUUCAAACUGUAUCCACAGAGGUAAGACAUCUACAGUAUGGUACGCCUUGAGAGCAUCCAUCAAUCGGGAAACGCUUGAAUAGGAGACAUGCUGCUGCUGGUCAAACACUAGCACAAUGCCUUUUUUUUUUUUUUUGAAACACCUAACAGCAUCCAGAACAUUAACACACAAAGAAACAUGUCGGGAGGGUUUGCAAGCACGGUCCAAUUAGGAUUGAUCACUGAUAUCAACAAAUGCCAAAACUGUAGAUUAGUAUUGUAACUUAGAGAAAAGCUACACUUAAAUUAAAUCAGUUUUUAUCCAUUUACAAAUGAUUAACAUAUAAUUACACAUCCACUUUAAGCCUAUGUUGAUUCUGAUGGAGUGUAGUCUCAUUUAAUGAGUCUUAGAAAUAACUGAGCUUUCUUUUCCACAAAUGGAGACAUUCAGUGUUUUAAUAAUGCAGCAAAUUCUGUGAUGGGGUGAAGUGAAAACCUGUCCCACUUCCAAUUUCUUCUUCCUUUUGCUGCACAGACAAAAACGCAACACUUAACCCACAACAGAGCAUCACGCACAGCUGCUGACCUCAUUCCACUCAUACAGCAAGGGUACGAGCCCGUAUACUUGAACAGAGCAUUAAGACAACCUACAAGAUGCCAGAAGAUACUGCAUAUCAUCUAAAAAUAUCAUGCCGCCCAUAUAACACUGCAGAUUAUAGGAUUUUGUACAGUUUAAAGUUCACAAAACUUACUGCUCAGAAACAGCCACGCAUGUCAGUUAUACUUUGAUUUGGACUGUGUCAGUAAUCAGGUGAGUAUCGAGGUAUGCUAUUACCAAAAGCUUGUGCAUGCACAAAUCAGCCGGUAAGGCUCAAGCUCAAGGCUUUGGCAAAAACAGGCUUAUACUGUAAAGGUACAUGCAAAAAAAGCGCAGGGCUUGAUACUAUUAAAUUCAUCAUAUAUUUUGGCGAACUUGGAAGAUGCCACUUUAUAUCCCUUUAAAGAAGCUUCUUAAUCUAAUCAUAAUGUAUAGUGUUUAAAGAAAUAGCUCUACAUUUUGGGAAGUACACUUGUCUGCUUUGUUUCUGAGGGUGAUAGAUGAGAAGGUUGAUACCACUCAUGCUGUCGACUGACCUGAGGCCUCCAUCAAACUACCAAUGAUACAGUAUUAUUACGGUUACAGUGCUACAGUGUACAAUAUAAAUCACCAAUUGCUGUAUAUUUGAUAAUGGCAUGAGUCUUCAUUAAAAAAUGUAAAAUGUUUACAUCAGAGCUCGUCUAAUUCUCUGGUUACACUCUACUGGGAAAUGAUUAUUAAAGUCAUUCAGUUUGUUGUCAUCUUAUUUAAACAACAGUGUGUUGGAGUUCUGCUUUUUUUAUUAUUAUCAGAGCUCAACACCCUGAAGCUUAAGAAAAUAAAUGCAAAUAGACAAAACACAUGUAAAUUCAGAAACGUUUUAACCUCAAAAGUCACAAAGUGUUGAACAACACGUGUGUACCAGGCAGGUUCUUCAUGUUUUUUGUGUCCCCUGUGAACACCUCCGUUAUUGUCUGUGCCACUUGCAGCGUGUUUCUGUAUUUGCUUGUGUUGUGUGUAUUUACAGCACAUGUGUUGUCAAACUGAUGAAGAUGUUU